GGAAGUGUGGCGCGGACAAAACGAUGUUGUGUCUGGUUUUUGUCAAGUGCGAGAACUGAGUAGUGAGAUUCCCCCGUAAAGCCUAUGACCAACCAAACCCGUUGCAACUUAAAUACCCUAAAUCCUCCAUACCACGAAAUCGUACGGAUAAUAUAAAUGGAGGAUGAUGAGAAGAAGAAGAAGAAGAGCAGAGUUCUGAUCAUCGGAGCAACAGGACGAUUAGGCUACUCUUUGACCCGUUUCAGCAUCGAAUCGGGUCACCCGACUUUCGCCCUCAUUAGAAACCCCACUCUCUCCGAUAGCCUCAAAUCUCUCUCCGACGCCGGCGUUACUCUCCUCAAAGGUUCAUUGGAGGAUGAAGGAAGCUUAGCAGAAGCAGUGAGUAAAGUAGAUGUGGUGAUCUCUGCAAUUCCAUCAAAACAUGUUCUCGAUCAGAAACUCCUCAUUAAAGUCAUCAAACAAGCUGGUUCAAUCAAGAGGUUUAUUCCUGCUGAGUAUGGAGCAAAUCCGGAUAAAACACAAGUCUCAGAUCUUGAUCACGGGUUCUAUUCAAAGAAAUCUGAGAUCAAGCGUAUGAUAGAAUCAGAGGGCAUUCCAUAUACAUACAUUUGCUGCGGAUUGUUCAUGAGAAUUCUACUUCCAUCGCUUGUGCAACCGGGCCUUCAAUCGCCUCCAAUGGACAAAGUCACAGUUUUUGGAGAUGGAAACGUUAAAGCUGUUUUCGUGAAUGACGUUGAUGUUGCAGCAUUUACCAUCAAAACGAUAGAUGAUCCACGAACACUGAAUAAGACCUUGUACCUUAGACCCCCCGGAAACAUAUGUUCCAUGAAUGAUCUUGUUCAUCUCUGGGAGGGAAAGAUUGGGAAGAAGCUUGAGAAAACUUUUGUUACAGAAGAUCAAGUUCUCAAGAAGAUCAAAGAAACUCUGUAUCCAGAUAACAUGGAGAUGGUCUUCAUAUACUCUGUCUUUAUCAAGGGGGAUCAUACAUACUUCGAUAUUGAGUCUUCAGGUGGAAUGAAUGGUACUGAGCUUUACCCUGAUGUCAAAUACAUGACCGUGAGCGAGUUUCUUGAUACUCUGCUCUAAGGAUUAUUAUAACCAAACAGCACAGGGAUCACACUUUGUCUCACUAUUCAGAGAUCUCUUUACACUUCCGUAACAUCUCUGUUUUUUUUUAUUGAGGAACCCAUCUCUUUAGUAGUAUUUUUAGCCAACUGAUAUGUGCUUGAAAAGAGUGUGAGACAGUUGCUUAUGAAGUUUUAAUGAUGAUUAAAAAGAUCCAAAUUUACCA